AUGGAGAUCAGCUAUCUGGACAAGCAAAGGGAUAUGAAAAUAGUGCCCCCCAAAGAACUGGGAGGCAAGGUCGUGGUCUGGAGAUGGCAGACGGCCAUCAGGACGCUCCACUCGCUGUGCUCACUCGAUCGAGCUUGCUCUUGGCUCGAUCGAGUUGUGCCUCGAGUUGUUGCUUUCCUUCCUAAAAACCUGUUCCUGCAAGACUUAGCUAAGAAAAACGCAGAUAAGAUAGACAUGGGAAUUCCUCCCAAGUGA